UCUGGUUAUCAUUUUAACUCCCUUUGUAUGCUGCCUAGGUUGCUUUGUGAUUGGGCCCUCUUAGACACUGAAUUAAUCAAAUUAAUCAAGAAUAUAUAGAUGAUAGAUAAAAAAUAGAGAUAGAUAGAUAGAUAGAUGGAUGGAUGGAUGGAUGGAUGGAUGGAUGGAUGGAUGGAUGAGAGGGGGGAGGACAAAAUGGUUUAAUCCUGGGUUUUUCUUUCUCCUCUUUUUGUUUUUAAUGCAGCCUGGUUUGUUUGAGAAAGCAUUAGAGACAGAUUUUCUUUGUUCUUUGCCAUAUUAGCUAGCACUCCACAAACUAUUUAAAGCAUCUUCUUUUAAUUUAAUCCCAUAGAAAUGUGAUGUAUACUUCAGCCACACACGCAAAGGCAUAUUUGUAUGAAAAUCCAUUUAUUUUAUGACUGAACGAGUGGGGUUUGCUUUUUGCCUUCCAGAAACUCAAGAAGGCAUCAAGACAUCAAGAAAAUUAAGAAUCCUAGAAAGAAAGAAAAAGGGGGCGGGGAGGACCAAUUAAGUCAGCAUAACUGCUUUUAACCACCCAUUGCUUAUUAAGUUCUGCUGGGGAGUGUUAUGAAUCUUUGUAAUAGAAUGGGGAACUAGAGUGAGGAAUGAUCUUUGGAUUAUUUUGGACCAAAUGAGCUUCAUAGGCCUGUGAAACAGCAGUAGUUAUUUGUUUUAUAAUUGUAAGGAUUAGAAAGUUUAACAAAAGCCUUGCUAUUUUGGUAGAAAAAUGCCUGGCAUUCUGAGCUUUGAAAAGGAUCAUAAAUGAGGUUCAAAAGGAGAAACUGGAGUAUCUAAUGGAUGAGGAGCAAAAAUAAACAUCUGAGCCCUUGCUGUAUCAUCUUUCCAUUCCAGCUAAUUCUUAACUAUUCUUCCUAAGUACCUUCAUAUCUUGUAUUUGAAGUAACAAUAUCUUAUUGUUUCCAGUAACAAUCUUAUUGUAUCUAGCUUCCAGAUAUGUCCAGAUGUGUAGUCGUUGCCUUACAACCAUUCAUUUGAUUCUUCAGUUACAACAGAAUUGGAAAAAUGUUAUUUACAGCCUGUUCUUGAGGUUACAACUGCUGUAGAAUCCUGUCUUGUGAUCAAAAUUUGGGUGCUUGGCAACCAUCAUGUAUUUAAAAUGGUUGCAGCAUCCUGAGGUCACAUGAUCACUGGAUCAAGUCAUCUUGGUGUUAACACUUUGGUUCUCACAGCAGCAACAGGUUGUUUCUUGGGUGCAGAAAAAAGUGGACUCUCCUUUCUUCCUUCCCUCUCCAAUUGAUGGAGCAGUGGAUUUUGUGACAGCUUUAAGAAGUUGUCCAUCACUGGCAGAAUUAACUGGCUUUGGCUGAAUAGGUGAGAAACCCUAGUUAGUACUUUUGAUGUCUUCUAUAAAUAUAAAGAACAUAAGCUAGACAAGCAGUUCAUCCACUUUACAGAAAUUCUUUUACAACUCUGUAAUACAAAACAGGAUGCUAUUUGAGAACUGCUAUUUUUAUUUCAAGGAAUUUUGUUAAAAAUUCAACUGAAUUUUGUGUACUGGAUUCCUUCAUUGAUAUAUUUAUUGGUAUUCUUAAGGCACUUGUAAAACAAGACUGUUUGCAAGACCUAUUUAGUUUUUUCUUCUGCAAGAUUUGUGUUGUGUGUGCUUGUUCUUCCUUCUUCUAAUUUGCCUGGAACUUGUAUUAAGUUAAAUGUAUAAUGUCUCCCAUUUCCUGGAUCUUUCUACCUUGGACCCAUUUUGAAAAACUUACUGUUGCCAGCUUUAACGUUUUUGGGUCAGGUACUGAAAAUGCAUAUAGGAGAAGAUGCCAGAAUGAUUUCAAUGUUUGUAAGCCAGCCAGAAUCAUUAAGAGUGAGUGAGGGACCAUAUAAAUCUUCUACAUAAAAAAACAAUAAUUUCUUGAUAGUGCCAAUACUUACAGUAUGAGAUCUUACUUCGUUUGAUUAAGGUGUGCCUAGAGCUGAGGGAGGGAGGGAGGAAAGGAAGAAGGCAAAAGGGCAUAAUUUUGUUGGUCAUGUUUUAUAGUCUCCGUUUCUGUGGAUCCUUUGGACAGUUUACCAAAUGACUUAGCAGUAAUGGGAAACUCGCCCAAGGCAGGGACAGAAAUGUGAGCUAUAUUGUUUCAGUCCCACUUCUUUUCUUCACAAUGUAAGAUGAUGUAAGUCACCCCUUCUGCCCCACCAGGCAUUUAAAUGAUGCAGAAUGGUCAGUAUGAGCAAUCCAGGGCUUUGCUAGAUAAACCAGUGUGGUAGGUUAAGUGAUAAAUAUUUAUUUAAACAUUUCCCAGAUCAAGUGCACCCUGAGUGACAGAAACUAGUGGGUUUCUUGGAGGCAAUCUCUCAGCCCAGACUACCACACAGUGGUAGUGGAGAAAAAAUGUGAAGAAGGUAAUCUCUUUAUGCCAACUUGCACUCUUGAAUUAAAUGCGAGAUAUAAAUGUAACAUACAAAUAUUAGUCCAAAGUUGCUGGGAUAUAGUGGAAGGACAGAAGUCUAUUGAUUUGAGAGGACUGAGACGGAAAUGACAACUGAAUUCAAACACAGUUGAAAAUCACUCUGCUGAAUACAGCAGUUCCCCAACCUUUUUGGCACCAGGGAUUGAUUUCCUGAAAGACAUUUUUUUCACAGACUAGGGGGGAAGGAGGAGCAUGCAAACUAGAUCCCUCACAUGGGCAGUUUACAGCAGGGUUCAUACUUCUAUGAGAAUCUAAUGCCUGGUGAUCUGAGGUAGACCUGAGGUGGUGAUGCUAGUUACUGGGCAGUGGCUGCAAAUAUAGAUAUAGCUUUGCUUGCUUGCCUGCCACUCACCUCCAGCUGUGAUGGCCCAGUUCCUAACAGACCACAGGACUAGUACUUGUCCAUGGCCCAGGGGUUAGGGACCCCGGGAUUACAACACAGCUGACAGUGGGAACAUAAGCCAUUUUACCCAGAACAAGAGGCAGGGGACAUUUGUUAAGUGCAGCAGGAUGAUUCAUUUCUAUUUUAUGAUGCAUGAUUCCAUUAUGUCAUUUGGAUUCCUAUUAUUUCUAUUUUAAGAAUAAAAAGCUCUAUUUUGUAAACAACACACAAUUCUAGUUUUCAUGACCAUUUCAUGAUUUCCCUGAAUAUUCCAGAAAGGUUACCUUCUAGUUGGUUUUUCCACCCCUUCCACAAGCCCAGGAAUGUUGUAAACAAUUGUUUACUCUGCUUAUUGAACAAUUUAUUGAUUACAUUUAAAGCAUAUACACAUGCUUUAAAAUGCAAAUUAAACUUGCAUUUUCAAAAACCAGUAUUUUACUAUGAUCUUCAAAAUUAGGCUGACCAGCCUUAUUUGGAAUUCCUGCUGGAAACAGGUCGCUGACUGUUCUUCCCGAAUCGAAUCUAUCUGACCCAAAAACCGAUUUGAUGAAGUAUCUUCACAAGAUCCUCCUUCCACAGGAUUCCCACCCCCCCAUGGGAAAGCCCUCUCCUAUAGAAUCGCGGGCUCUCCAAGCAGAUACUGUAGCUUUAAUUACGACAUCGAGGUAAGGAUUCAUUCCAAACUUGGUGUCUGGGCUUCUCCGUAAGCAACGGGGGCCCAUUGCUGUAAUUUGAGAGGAGAAGAGAGAGAGAGAUCCUACGGCCAAAAGCUGAACUCCCGCGUUAGCAGCACCAAUCCAGAUGUAGAAUGAAGAAAGAAAGAAAAAAAGUAGCCCGAAGCCGUUGCAGCAGCUUCGGGCAGGUCUCACUCAAAUCUGGACGCCAGCACGCCCUCUCUUUCUCCCUCCCCUCCCCGUUUUUAACUUGGGAGUUUCCUGACGCGCGUGGAGACAGGAGAAAGGAAAACGUGGUUAAGGAAAAGUUGGUGGGAAAGAAGCCAGAAGCUCCUCCUUUUAAGGUUUGUUGAUCUCCCCCCCCCACAACCACCCCCUUCCCGGGGAAAAAAAAAACAAAACAAAACGCCGAAGUUCUCGCGGGCAAAUUGGUUGCAACGGAGAACUCUCCGCCUGGAGCGAGAGGGGCCAAGCGACGGCUUUUCAGCUGGUCCCAAUGAAGCCCUGCAAGAAAAGCGGCCACAGCCGGAGGACUUGCAAUUAGGCGCGAUCUUUGCCCUCCUCCACUUGGGGACGCUUAGAGGGUGUCGGGGCAGCUUCUUCUUCCCCCCACCCACCCACCCCGGGAUGCUGCUGGGGCUCCUCUCGGUGUGGCUGCUGAGCUGUUCGAUCAGCUUGUGCCACGGCUAUUUCGACGGCCCGCUUUAUCCGGAGAUGUCCAACGGGACGUUGCAUCACUAUUUCGUGCCCGACGGGGACUACGAGGAGAACGAUGACCCGGAGAAGUGCCAGCUGCUGUUCAGGGUGAGCGACCGCCUGCGCUGCACAGCGGACGGGGAGAGUGAACGCUCGCAUCCCGCGGCGGCAGCAGCACCGGCGGCGGCGGCGGCGGCACCCGCUCUGACGCUGCGCGAGGAAUUCACCCUCCUGGGCCGGCAGGUGGAGGACACGGCGCGCGUGCUGGAAGGCAUCCAGAAGAGCAUCGCCUACGACCUGGACGGCGAGGAAAGCUACGGCAACUACCUGCGCAGGGAAUCCGCGCAGAUCGGCGACGCCUACGCCAACUCGGAGAAGUCGCUGGGGGAGCUGGAAAACAAGUUCCGGCAGGGCCAGGAGCACGAGAGCCACGAGGAGAGCCGCCUCAACGACGACUUCCUGGGAAUGCUGGUGCAUGCGCGGGCCCUCCUUAAGGAGACGCUGACCGUCUCGGCCGGCCUGCGGGACAAGUACGAGCUGCUUGCCCUCACCGUCCGGAGCCACGGCGCCCGCCUCAGCCGCCUCAAGACAGAGUACCUCAAGGGCUGAGCGGGCGCUUCGCUGCCCUUCGAGAAUUCCUCUCUUCCCCCAUCCUACCCCACCCCCCCACCGUGGCCGGCCACGGCGGCGGGACUCUUGCCGGCCACGCUUUCCCCACGGACGGACGGACGGAUUUUCCUCCAUCGCAUGCCCACCACCGACCCUUGCUAACUGUACCUCAGCGCAGAUUGUUUGCAAUUUUUCACCCGAGCACCUUGAAAGAACACAAUAAAGGGCACUGCCUUUAGGUGGCGCGAAAGACAGUUCAGACGACAAAUCGACAGUUAAUUGUUUCCCAUUGGGGGGGGGACUGAUGGGGGCGCUAUUUUUGCUAGGUAGCCCCAAAAAAAAAAUACAGAAGAGUGUCAUCCGCCUAUUUUUUAAGUUCAUUUCUUAGCUUUCUGACAGAUGAGAAUUCGAGUUACUGGGGGGGGGGGGUGUCAGUUAAAAAAAAAACGUUUGUGGGAUUCCAACUGGCAAAACGUUGAAAGAGGCACCCAAGUUUGCUUUAUUCCAUUCAUCUGCAUUUUUUAGUAUAAUGUAUCUGCAAUAGAGGGAACAAAUAAAAGUGACCAUUGGCACAAUCUAUCUAUUAACUCAUUGGGAUGGCUUCUUCAUCUAUAGUUAGGUUGCAGGUUUUAACUCAAUUACUUGGAAGUAAACUCUAUUGGGUUAAAAAAAAAGUCUGGAUUUGGAGUCAAUAUUUAUAAGAGUUGCUGUGAUUAAAAGCUUUGAAGAUAAUUCCUUUUAAUUCCUUCUUUUUAGUGAGUUCAAAGAAGUAUAUACAAUGAUAUAGUCAAACAUCUCAGUUCUGGAGGAUUGGGAGUAUCUGCUAUGUUGCAAGGGUUUUAUAAUCUAUUGGUCACAAUUCAGCAUUGUUAUAUACACUUAAGCCUACUUAUUUAUUGUUUUAUGGAAUGUGUUGUAUAACCUUGGGGGGAAAUGUUAUAGACAGGAGAUGCUAAGUUACAAGUUUGGAACCUUGUCCUCUAGUUCUUGCAGAUGAAAUCUUUUUAACUUCUAUGGUGAUCCAGUAUUACUAAAAACCAAUAAUUGACAGAAUUUCUGGUGCCAAGGUUUCCAUAGAUUUUAUUUUUGCUUGUUUUUUAAAAUAAACCUGUAAGGUUGCCACUGCUUGCCUCGUUCCGUACUGACAUUUGAAGAACUCAGUUAAAGUAAUGUAUUAAUCCUUUUACUGUUUGAUUAUAACUACCCUGGAAAUUUGUGAUGUUAUCAAUGGCUUGUGGAAAAUUAUGGAAUGAUAGUUAUUUCAUUUUAAUUCAUCAGGAAAAGAAAAAAGAUAAUGCUUUAUGUUGGAUGUUAAAGUAAUUUUCCCCAUCAUUUUACUGAGUAUUUUAUGGAAAUUCAAAUGGUCAUUCGAACAAGAAUAUGAUAUUGUAGCUAUAAGCAUGCCUUCAGCACCAGGUAGCAGUUAUUUUUCUCUCCCAGAUUUAUUUUUAUUUGCCCUGAAUCAUGAUCACCCAAAGAAAUCUAUCAUUAUUUUUUAAACAAGCCAUUCAUUCAUAGAGUGGAAAAGUACAGUUCUCUAGUACAGCAGUAAAGUUGUAAAUCUCAUACACUUUGUUCACAAUCUGUGCAGAGUACAUAACUGGCUGUGUUCCGAACUUUUACAAAGAAUAGGUAUCAGAAGAUAAUAUUCUGGUAUCAGAAGACCAGUUGCUUCAGCUAUAGUUUGAUGUAAUGGGUAUUCUAAAAUAAGGAAGUUUUUUUAAUGGCAAACCAACCCCUAUGGUUUCCCAGGAAAACUCAGCCAAAUUGGAAGCAAUAACUCAUUGUGCCUCUCCCUGUUCUGCACAAAUGGCUUUAAAUUCCUUAAAGAGAUUUUGCACAGCUAAAGCUACUGUUGAAUGUUGCUUGGCUCCUUCUAAGAUAACAAUUUCCUUCCCAAAGAAUUCUUUUGGAUUGCCAACUAUUAGGCAGAUAUUGGAACUAUUUACCAAUCCAAGAAUGCCUACAUUGUAAUGUUCCAUAACUAUGAUGUCCACAGAGUUCUAUAGAAAUUUUUAUAUUAUGUUGAUAUUAUAGGCAUAGCACUUAGAAACAAGAAAAAGAUUUAAUAGAUUUUUGCUAUUGGUACUCCACUGUCAGGUGAUGUGGUUUUGUGCUUCUGGAAGACUGCAACAAACCAAGCAACUUUUUCAAAAGAAAUGAAAUGGUGGCACUCCAGACCAAGGUGAUAAAAUGGGUUUGAGGGUUGUCGUUUUUUCUUUUGCAUAGAAAACUCAUAUUUAAGUCAAAGUGAGAUUAAUUUAAAUUUGUCCAACUUUUCAGAAGAAAAUGGUUGGGAUGCUUGAAGCUUCUAAAAUCAUGAAAAGAGGUGGGAAUAGUGGGACAACCAGCAAAGCUCCAGAGAAACUGAACAGCAGCUUUGCACUAUAACUUAAGACCAAAAUGACAGUAGCCAGUUUUCAUUACUGUAAAAUACCCUUUCCUCUUUUGGCUCAUAUAUAUCAUCACCAAUGCUGCUUCAACCAAGCACUGACCCCACUGAUUGUGGUAGGGUGUUGCCACACGUUAAAAUAAAUGAUAACUAUGCAAUUGUAAGAUAUGUGACACAUUUCUUAGUCAGAUAGGAUAUUUAGAAAUAGGUAAUAGAACCUCAGGGUAUGAUUGUGACCAAAAGAUACUCAGCAAAAUUAAAAUAUACUAAUUUUCCUGCCAUUAUCCUCAAAGCAACAACAAUAGACUUGCUGAAUUCUAUAGUUCUUAAUUUUUUCAUUAAAAAAUCAAAUUAUAUUGUGAUAUGUAGCAUAAGACCACAAAGGGUUUGAUUUUCCCCUUUAUGCAGUGUCUACAAGAGCAAUAUUUCUAAAAGCAACCAACAACAGGAUUACAAUGGCUUCCACACAAUGUUUUCUUUAAACUUAUUUAAUAAUGUCAUUCCAUCAACAAAAACCUAAUCAGGUUUGCAAAUCCAUGAAAUUGGGCACAUCAUCAUUGCAUAUCCCAUCUAUAUUGCUUUAUGUGAAAAUGCUGUCAUUUCUGAGACAGUUCAUGUCUACACUUUUCCUUAGAACGUAUGCAUCAUUUUUGCAACAAAGCAUAAUCCAUAAUUAAAAACAUGGCAGUAAUCAGCUUCAUUCCCAUCAAAUAAUAUAAGGGGAGAUUUUUUUAAGAUAGCACAAUUCAACAAAAAAUCACCAUCAUGAAGCCCCAUUGACCUUAAAAUUAAUCACCGCUUGAAUCUUUCUUUGACAUUAGUGAGAAUUUAGUUUUAAUGGAAUUAACUUUAGAAUUAUUUACUUCACCUAGAUUUUUUUACCGGUAACUAUCACAGCAAGGCAGAAUAUUUUAUUAUUGAGGUAACUUACUAAAGUGAAAGAUUGCCAUCUAGCGCUUUAGAAAGUCUGAUAUGCUUACUUUGGAAGAAUCCACCAAUAGAAUCAGCAUCCCAAAAUGUGAUUUAUUAGCUGUGUGUUAAAGAGUUUUUAACCCAAAAGUGCUUUUUUCAAAAGUCAAAUGGACUUUGCUUUUCCUUGAAAUUGUUUUUUGAAAAAGCACCUUUGGGACAUCCAACAUCUGGAUGAUAGAAUCUUCACAGAAUCUUCAUUUAUGAUUUUUAAGUUUAUAUUGUAACUUUAAUACAAGAAAUAUAUAUGAAGCUGAAAACUAAAGCAUUCUAAAUUUUAAUAUCCUUUUUUAUAGUCCACUGUUUAUCUCCAAUGGCAGAUGAUAUACUUUUUUUUUUACUUUCUCUAAAAUAAAUGCUUAAAUAUUAAGAAUGAGCCAAAAAAAUGGAUUCAUAACUUGGAGUCUAUGACUUUUUCCCUCUCUUAACCAAACUUUUCAUUCUUAUAUUCUGUCAUUUGAUUUUAUUACUCUCCUAGUUACAAUCUUUGAGCAGAAUUGGAGCUCCAGUUGCUUCAGCCAACUUGCUGAAAUGGGCAUGGGUUGUAGUCUAUUCCCAGUCUCAGAUUUUUUGAUAUAGAAUAAGAAAUUUAGGGUUUGUAAGUACUCUGAGCUGCUCUGUCAAACAUUUAAAGCUAUGUUUCCUUUUUAAAAAUAAAAAUUGUAAAUAAUAUCUUUAUUUCAUUAUAAAUCUUCAUUUUAGGGGUCUCGAUUAAGGCAGACUUCUAUAAUUUUAAUAAUAUAAAUAACUUGCAUCUUAGUUUGCUUGCCUAUUUCCAUUCUAUAUUAAACUGAAAGGAUUCCUGUCCCCUUUUGUAUCAUUAUUCAUUCCCUUCCUUUGCAUUAUCGUUUUCUCUUUAUUAUUCACAGUAUGAAUCCAUAUUUAUGAGAAGCAGCAGCUUUUCCCCCUCAAGAUUCUAAACAUACUCAUUUCUAAACAUAUUUCCUUGAAAGACUAGUUGCUACUAUGUAAAUGUGUUUGGCUCCUAAAGCUAGUUGUAGUUCUUUUAACAUAUAUCAUCAAUAAUUUUGUCCUUUCCAUGCUUUUUGCUAGCUUUUGUUUCUUGAAAUCAUCUUCUUAGACAACAGCAAAACUGUAAGGAGAGGUUU